ACAGUUACAUUUGGCAGGCAGGAAGGCAGGCAGGCAGGCCCGCGCGCUGGAACGCUCAGACCCUGAAUUAGUGGAUUUAUUUGGAAUAUCCCCGCUUCCUUGGAGCUCUGCUGCCGCGGCCGCCGCCACUGAUUUGUGCAAAGGGAGAAAUACUAACUGCACUUUACUCUGCGGGCUCAGCAACCUGAGAGUGGAAGUACCCAGCCUCUCCUCCAACAUCAUCAGCAUCAAAAGGCAUGAGAGAAAUCCGGAGGAGUCUGAUGAUCCUUCAGGGGCUGGACAAUAUUCUCCUCUCUCGGAAGUCGACCCAGCGCGUCCAUUUGUGAACUGGGUGUCAUCAGUCAUCUCGGGUCCCUGUAAGACUCAGCCUCAAUUCUUGAAAGUCAAGUUCUUCUUUGCUAUGAUGGUAUGUGUGGGAAUGAGGUCACAUCAGCUAGCAAUGCAAUUCCCUCAAGUACUCGAAAUAAUGCAGAUGGGAGAGAUACUGUCACUGAUGGAGUCCCAAAUGUGACAGCACUUACACUGAGUAAAUACUAUUGAAAUGAUUGCCCCAACUUAUUAAAGGAUUCCAAUGAGCCAAGGGACAUGUGCUCUCAUUGGAGUGCAAGCAAACUAGCCGUGUGUUGUUGGGAGUCUUCAAUGACCAGGAAAUCUGAUGGAUUGUGGUCCUCUACUCUGAGCUGUUUUUAUUCAUGUUUCCUGUGCCAUAAACGCCUGGUGGAACUGUAAAUGAAUGUUUGGUACCACAUGAUGAAUUGGAUGUCCAAAGGCUGGAGGCAGGCAAAAUAACUGUUUCAUUUCUGUGGUAAUUUGCUUAACUGGGGGUACAAUGCCAGAACGCCUAGCAGAAAUGCUCUUGGAUCUCUGGACUCCAUUAAUAAUCUUGUGGAUUACUGUUCUCCCAUAUAUUUAUAUGGCUCCAAUGGCCCCAUCUCAGGUUUUACCAAGUGGAUCCAGUUUGGGACUAAAUGGGUUGAGUGAAGAACAGCGAGUUUUGAACCGCUCCAAAAGAGGCUGGGUUUGGAAUCAAAUGUUUGUCCUGGAAGAAUUUUCUGGACCUGAACCAAUACUAGUUGGCCGGCUCCACACUGACUUGGAUCCUGGAAGCAAAAAAAUCAAGUAUAUUCUAUCGGGAGAUGGAGCUGGGACUAUCUUUCAGAUCAAUGACAUAACAGGAGAUAUUCAUGCUAUAAAAAGACUUGACCGUGAGGAAAAGGCUGAAUACACGCUAACAGCUCAAGCAGUCGAUUGGGAGACAAACAAACCUCUGGAGCCUCCUUCCGAAUUCAUUAUUAAAGUUCAAGACAUCAAUGACAAUGCACCUGAGUUUCUUAAUGGACCAUAUCAUGCUACCGUUCCAGAGAUGUCCAUUUUGGGUACAUCUGUAACCAAUGUCACGGCUACUGAUGCUGAUGAUCCUGUUUAUGGAAACAGUGCAAAGUUGGUGUAUAGUAUCUUGGAAGGGCAGCCGUACUUUUCCAUUGAACCAGAAACAGCUAUUAUUAAAACAGCUCUUCCCAACAUGGACAGAGAAGCAAAAGAGGAAUACCUGGUGGUUAUCCAAGCCAAAGAUAUGGGUGGGCACUCAGGAGGUUUGUCUGGGACCACGACUCUCACCGUUACACUAACUGAUGUCAAUGACAAUCCUCCAAAGUUUGCACAGAGUUUGUACCACUUCUCAGUCCCUGAAGAUGUUGUUCUUGGUACUGCGAUAGGAAGAGUGAAAGCAAAUGACCAGGAUAUUGGAGAGAAUGCCAGGUCAUCUUAUGACAUCAUUGAUGGCGAUGGGACUGCUCUGUUUGAAAUCACUUCAGACGCCCAAGCCCAAGAUGGCAUUAUUAGGCUGAGAAAGCCCCUGGACUUUGAGACCAAAAAAUCCUAUACGCUGAAGGUAGAAGCAGCCAAUGUUCAUAUUGAUCCUCGCUUCAGCAGCAGGGGACCGUUCAAGGAUACAGCUACAGUAAAAAUUGUAGUGGAGGAUGCUGACGAGCCCCCUGUCUUCUCAUCACCUACUUAUCUUCUGGAAGUCCAUGAAAAUGCUGCCAUUAACUCUGUGAUUGGUCAGGUGACUGCCCGUGACCCUGAUGUCUCUUCCAGUCCAAUAAGGUUUUCCAUUGAUCGGCACACUGACCUUGAGAGACAGUUCAACAUUAAUGCAGAAGAUGGGAGGAUAACAUUGGCAACACCCCUCGACCGAGAGACGAGUAUGUGGCACAACAUAACGAUCAUAGCUACUGAAAUUAGGAACCACAGUCAAAUAUCUCGAGUACCUGUUGCAAUUAAAGUGCUGGAUGUCAAUGACAACGCCCCCGAAUUCGCAUCCGAAUAUGAGGCAUUUUUAUGUGAGAAUGGAAAACCUGGCCAAGUGAUCCAAACAGUCAGCGCCAUAGACAAAGAUGAUCCCAAAACUGGACAUUUUUUCCUAUAUAGCCUUCUUCCUGAAAUGGCCAACAACCCAAAUUUCACCAUCAAAAAAAAUGAAGAUAAUUCUCUCAGCAUUUUGGCAAAACAUAGUGGAUUCAAUCGCCAGAAGCAAGAAGUCUAUCUUUUACCAAUCAUAAUCAGUGAUAGUGGCAACCCUCCCCUGAGUAGCACCAGCACUCUGACCAUUCGAGUCUGUGGUUGCAGCAGUGACGGUGUUGUCCAGUCAUGUAAUGUUGAAGCUUAUGUCCUUCCAAUUGGACUCAGUAUGGGAGCACUGAUAGCUAUACUAGCAUGCAUCAUUUUACUACUAGUCAUUGUGGUGUUAUUUGUAACCCUGAGACGACAUAAGAAUGAGCCCCUGAUUAUUAAAGAUGAUGAAGACGUAAGAGAAAAUAUCAUCCGUUAUGAUGAUGAAGGAGGAGGAGAAGAGGAUACCGAAGCUUUUGAUAUCGCAACUUUACAGAAUCCAGAUGGGAUAAAUGGAUUUUUGCCUCGGAAGGAUAUAAAACCUGAUCUGCAAUUUAUGCCCAGGCAAGGGCUUGCACCUGUUCCCAAUGGUGUGGAUGUUGAUGAAUUUAUUAACGUGAGGCUCCAUGAGGCUGAUAAUGAUCCCACAGCUCCACCUUAUGACUCCAUUCAGAUUUAUGGCUAUGAAGGCCGAGGCUCGGUGGCUGGGUCUCUCAGUUCCCUGGAGUCCUCCACAUCAGACUCAGAUCAGAAUUUUGACUACCUCAGUGAAUGGGGUCCUCGUUUUAAAAGACUUGGAGAACUCUACUCAGUUGGAGAAAGUGACAAAGAAACUUGACAGUGGAUCAUAAACUUCUGAAUGAAACUGAAAACUCGUGUAAUAUUCUAGGGCCAUCCCUGUUAGUUACAACCAAUGUGGUCAUUUGUUUUAGAGGCAAGUUUAGCGCCAGUCAUCUAUGAAAUCAACUACAUUGUAAUGUUGAACCAAAAAAACAAUACAAAAGUAUAUGUUAGGAGGUUUAUAAGUCUUGUGGAGUGUGAAGUAAAGUAUGUGGAGUGUCUAGAAGUCUUUGAAUAUUUGGUACUCACUUGACCACCAUGGACAUGGAGACUGGGAUCUUGGUUAAUCUUCAAUGUAAGGAAUAGAGGAAAAAUCAAAACAAAUGGUGCUUUUGUAGAGAAAUGGACCUGCAGGGAUUUUGCUGCUGAAUAGUAUCAUCUGCCAGGGUGUAUAAAGUAACAUGUUUUUUCCUCAAUGCCAACAAAGAUCCCACCACCAAAAUUUUUAAAGCAAUACUUGGUCUUCUGUACAAUGCUAGCUAUGAGGAGCAUUGUUAAGACCUACUAGCUUCUACUGUGCAGUGACCAUCCAAUUGUAUAUAAUUGUUGGCCCAAUAACCACAGACUACUUCUCAUCUUUAAAUAUUGUGUCGAGCCUUAAAAUAUUCACAUGUUCUUAAUUCAUUCCAGGGAAGGGUGGGGGGAAAGGGUGCACAUUCAUCGAUGGGAGAAGAGAAAUCCCAUUAAAAUAGGUUUGUUUCUAGAAGAAGGAUUACUCUUAUCUUCCACUUCAUCAUCUUCCACAAGGACACAAAAUGAACUGUAUCACAGGAUGGAUGGACUAUAUGAGAUGGUUGGUUUUAUCACUAAUGAGUGAAUUUAUUUGUUUAAUCCUUGAAAUAAAUAUUUUAUUGAUGUCCAUUACUGCUUUUAUUUAUUAAGGUUGGUAAUCUAUAGAUUAAGGGAAUAUAUGAAAAAAAACAAAAUUAUAUCCAUUAAUAAUCCUUUAGAUUGUUUUCUAUAUAUAUAAAAUGAAUGUUUAAUAUAUGUACAUUUUGAUGAGCAGAUAAGGCUGAUUACAGAUGAUGUAUUUAAAAAAAGGGAAGCUAACAGUCUCCUUUGAGUAGUUGAGCUUUAUGUGACUGAUAAGGGCAGGAAUAACAUUUUCCCAGAGAAACUUUUGAACAGUUUUCUAUUUUGUUCAUAACUCUAGUAUUUGGUGUUUUUACUACAAGCACAAACAUCUGGAAAUAUACUGGUUCAUGUGAAUAUUUAAACCCUAGCCUUUUAGAAGCCCACACAUUACACAAUAAAGUAAAACAUGCUUAUAGUUCUCCAAUGUAUUAGAGAAGGAACCAGUUUGUACAUAACUUUACUACUUAUGUUAUUAGCAUUUCUUUAUCUAAUGUUCAUGGUUAUGCACAGGGGCUUUUGCACUCCAAGACAAGGCAGCACUAGAAGCUGUGAGCAUACUCAAUUUGUAAUGCAAACUUGCCAUUUAGAAGUAGAGAUUAUAUAAUAAAAUUUAAGUAUUACAUGCAAAUCAUUUUAAUUUUCUACUUUGCUUUGAUGCUAUAUUGUUUGUUUAUUUACUCCAUGUAUUGUAUCAAGAGAAACUCCUGUAUUGUUUCCUACUUUGUGAAAUAUAUUUUUAUAAAUA